GGAAGAGAAAGGUUUGGCUGCUGAUGGUCAACACUUUGAUCACAAUUUAUACGGAAUGGCAGCCAAAUCUGACCAUAUAGAUGAAAGUAAAGAAGAUCAUAUUCGCCUGGCUAACGUUGUGAAAGGCGUUCAUGCCGGAUUACGGCGAAAAUACAAAGAAAGUGGGGAUUUUGUGAGAACUUGGCAGGAUCAUUGUCAAGAUGAGGAAGUUUUAUCAGAAUAUGCUGAUGCCAUGCAUCAUUUGGCUGUUGAUCACUGGACUAAACGACCUGAUACAAGAAUAGACUGGUGUAGAGAUACAUUGCUUGAAUACUUCUUGCAUGGAGGCUUGGUGAAGGUCUUGGAGAAAGAUGCCAGAAGGUCAGCCCUUGAGAGGCAAACUGUUCAGCAGAGCCCCAAUGCUAAAGGAGAUUCACAAGCCAAUGAAUGUGCAGCAUGUUUGCUCAAGAACAAGAACUGUAAAGCAUUGGGAGCAGGGGAUCAGGUCAAUGCUAAUGGCAGUCACAUGUGGAACAAACAGUACGACACUGUACAAUUGCCUCUUGAGGGUAAAAUUCGAUUGCUAGAUGUUGGAAGUUGCUUUAACCCUUUCUUGGAGUUUGAAGAAUUUCUUCCUGUAGGAAUUGAUAUUUGCCCUGCAAAACCGAGUGUUUUUCACUGUGACUUUUUACACCUUGAGACAACUGAAACGCUACAGCUGGCAUGGGACACAUUGGAUACCUACAUGAGCAAUCUCAGGAGCCCAAUUGAAAAACUUCCCAAGGACAGUUUCCAUGUGGUUGUCUUCUCAUUACUUCUUGAAUAUUUCCCGGCCCCAUACCAAAGAUGGCUGUGUUGCCAAAAGGCCAGAAAACUUUUAAUGAAGAAUGGACUUCUCGUAAUUAUCACACCUGAUUCUCACCCUCAGCAUCGUAAUGCUCCAAUGAUCAAAAGCUGGAGAACGGCCAUUGAGUCAAUGGGGUUUGCUCGCUGGCGUUAUGUGAAACAAGACCAUCUUCAUUGCAUGGCCUUCCGCAAGGUCCCUCAGCCUAGAGACCGAGACCGCCAUUUGGUUGGGGAUGCUACUCCAGACAUGCUGUACAUUCCACAAGAUUUCUCUGAUGACGCUGCAAACAAUGGCUCAGACGUGGCACCAACCUAUACAUCCACUGAUGAGGAAUUCUUCCGCCAAACUGUUCACGAGCUUCCCAGAGCAUUCACUGAUGACGAGUCUGAAUAAAGGCUGACCUAAUUUCAUGAAGCAAGGGACACUCCUUGGUUCAUAAAAAUGUGGAGAAGUGCUAUUGGAAAGCAAUGUAAAGAAUUUAGAUUUUGGGGGUAACUGAUUUAGUUACAUUUUCUUUGGCUUUGAUCAUUCAGACCUCCCUGGCAUUCUAUUAGCAUGUGACUGCAUAUUCUUAUGUAUUGCAGUGAGUAGGGUAAGUCCAUGUACAUGUAAAUUCAGGCUGGUUAUCCAUGUGUACUUUUUUUUGUGAUUGGCUAGACUUUUUCGCAAGUAUAGGUCGCUAUUGAUGUGCCAUGUAUGAAAUAUAAUUGUGUAAAUGUUUCCGUCAAUUGGUCAGAAUGUUUUGACCUGUUUGUUUAUUGGUUUUUUCUUCAUUGUUUCAAAUGUGCAAAAGCUGAUUUUUUUUUUUCAGACUAGAAAUCUUUCUUGGAAGUUUAUUGAAUUACACUAUAUCCACCCCGCCGUGUCUAUCCUUUGCUGAAUUGUUUGGUGAGAUAUUCUCGAGCACUGUCCCAUAAGAUGCUUUUUAAAUGCAUGGUUAUCUGAUGAAUAUCUUGUGAUGAAAUUGGAAUAAUUUAUGUAACACGAUGGCAGCAUAUGCCUCCUAGAUGGAGAUGGUGAUCAGUGCAGAAGUGUGGUUUCCAAUUAGUGUUUGACAACAUUUUCAAAGUCAAGUGUUUUAUAAGUUAUUUUUAAGGUAUGAUGAGCUGUUUUACUGUAACCACUAACACAGCAUGGCAGUAUCUAGUAUGGAUCCGAAAAGUUACUUUUUCAAAACCUGUUAGUUGACGUCUGACGGUCCCCAGCUAAAUAUUUAAACUUGUUCCAAAAUAUUUAUUUUAAAAUUUUUAAAAGUGCUAUGUAAUGAAUUCUGAAAAGUUGAUUUGAAAAAUUUUAAUGUUUGGAUUGUCUUAAACUCUACAUUACUGGUACAAAUAUUUUAAAACAUUGUAGUAGAGGACCAGUAAAGCCUGCAUAUGGGGGCGAUUUAAUGCUUUUUGACAGACUGAUGAUGCACCUACAAGAUAGAAAGGUUAAGGGUAUCAGAAAGAGUUGUGUUUUAUCCAAUAUACACAGCUUCUACUAUCAUAUACAUAUUAUAUAUGCCUUUUGUGUGAAAAUUUUUUUUCAUGAUUUGCUUCAUUAAUGUGCUUAUUUAUCUAAGUCAUUUGACUCUGGAUCAUUCUGUCAGUACUUCCACAUGGUAGUGUUUGGAAAUGAUAGCACAAAAUAUAGUGUAUUUUGAGAGAAAGAAGAAAGAGAUGUAUUCAAGAACAACACACACCAAGAUUGAUAUUAGUGCUACAUCGAAUUUUACUGGAAUGUAAAUAAGCUUUGUGGAACAUUUUUGGUAUGUUUAAUAUUUGGAUAUAACAGCUUAUUUGUGUCCAUUGUGUUAGUGGAUUUUAUGGUGUGCACAUUGUGUCAAGGAAGUGGGAACAUAGAGGAAAUGAUGAAAUGAAAUUUAAGAAGCUUAAAAUAAGUGCAGAGGGACUUAGCCCACCAUUGAAUUUUUUUUCCGUUUAGAUGAUAUACUCCCCCCUUUUUUCUAAUUCAAUCACAAUAUUUGAAAGGAACACAUGAAGAAUUAAUAUUCUACUUACAGAUAGCCCAAGUGCACGUGCUCGGUAACACUGCAGUAUUCAUGUACAAGCAUGUGGGCAGUGGUCAUUUCUGAGAAAUAUACAGCAGUAUACACAUCGAUGAAUGUGAUAACUUUUUUGUUGAGCAUUGGUUAACAGUAAGAGUUCAGUUCAUAUUAAGGCCAGUUGUCACCCAUGUAUUUAUGUUCCUCUGAACUAGGAAAUCGCUCCCAGCAGAAAAUUAUCAAAUGUAACUG